AUGUUAAUAUGCCAUCAGUGUCUGAGCUCACGACUGACAUAUAUUAGCAAUCUUGGCCUGAAUAUCGCAUACAGGUUGAUUGAGCAGUUUACUGAUGACAGCAAGUUGGUUAUCGUGGUAACAUCGCGUACGCUGCCAAGAGUAAGGGAGGUGGUAGACCUAAUCAAAACAUACGCCGAGAAAUGUGGCAAGUCUGGAGCAGUAGAUUUCGACUACCUGCUGGUGGAUUUCACCGACAUGGUUAGUGUGCUGGGCGCGGCAUACGAAUUAGAAAAACGAUAUGACGCUAUACAUUACUUCUACGCUAACGCUGCGCAGGGUGUGUAUUCCGGAAUUGACUGGCUGGGUGCCACCAAGGCUGUUUUACGGGAUCCUUUGGAUGCUGUGACUAAUCCCACGUAUAAGAUCCAGCGGGUGGGAGUCAAGUCCAGGGAUGGGCUAGGGCUAGUAUUUCAAGCCAAUGUCUUUGGUCCGUACUAUUUGAUUAGAAGGAUCAUCCCGCUCUUAGCUAAAGGCAAGGCGAAGGUUGUGUGGCUUUCUUCGCUGAUGUCGGAUGUGAAGUAUCUAUCGCUGGAAGAUGUCGAGCUCUUGAGAACGGACAGUUCGUACGAGGGGUCGAAGAGACUGGUUGACCUUCUACACUUGGCCACUUACAAAGAGUUGAAAUCUCUGGGUAUUCAUCAGUAUGUUACACACCCUGGCAUAUUUACUAGUCACUCCUUCUACCAAUAUUUGAACUUCUUCACCUAUUAUGGCAUGCUGUUCUUGUUUUACCUAGCUCGGUGGCUCGGCUCACCAUGGCAUAACAUUCAGGGUUACAAGGGUGCUAAUGCACCAAUAUACGUUGCUACACUUGCAAAUCCUACGUUUGAACACCAGGCUUUGAAGUACGGCUCUGCAACGUAUAGAGAUGGGAUGGAAUACAUUGCCAAACACGAAAUUGAUCCUACCGGGAUGCACGACGCAUACAAGUAUAUCAGGGACCUUGCCGAGGAAUGGGACAUAAAAUUGAAGGACCAGAUCACAAUUGGUCGUUCCUUAUCAUAG